AUGAAUGGGGUAGCCAAAACCCCGAGCCAUGUCGCUUCACAGAAGACGAAGGAACCCUCGACCCCCUCACCUAACUACUUUGGUCUGGCCGUCAACAGCAAUGCCGACCACUUCUCCUCUAGUGCGGCCCAGCACAUUCGCGGCAAUUGGAGCCCGCCCACGUCCAAUGUGCGCUCGACAGCCGCUGCCUCUCCACGCAUAAUACCCGUGGAGCAGAAUCCCGAAUUCGAGCAAUUUAGGAAACAGUCGGAGAACAACCGAGCGUUUGCCCUGGGCAGCUUCGACUUUGCCUCGCCCGGCCUGAAAGCAUCCUCCAAGAGCCCCUUCUUCAACAACAUCGAGUCGGCGCAGCCCUCGUACCCCCAGUCACACUCAAUGCCACCACCCGACCACCCAGGCGACAAGAGCGACACAAGCGACGAGCAAGAGUUCGCACCCAAGCCACGCUCCCCGAAGCGCAUGUUGUCGACGGAGUCCUCCAUGUUCCCUGACCGACCACGACGCAACUCUCCUGCCAGCUUUGAUGGACCUGGCCGUUCAGACGCCGUAGCUCAGUUCGCCGAACCUCGCAUCCCAAGGCCAUCGCUACCUUCGAAACAGACACAUCCUUCACACAUCUCAAUAACUACUCAUCGCGCUGAGACACUACCCGCACAUUUUGAGGAAGAAGGCAAUACCAGCGGCCCCAGCAUGGUCACUGCUCAGCACAUCAUCAACAUCCUACAGUCUUCCAUAGACGAGGUCCUUCUGCUUGAUCUGCGCGUGUCAACACAGUACGCAAAGGCCCGCAUAACAGGCGCCUUGAGCCUCUGCAUUCCUACGACACUGCUCAAACGCGCAUCCUUCAAUGUCCAGAAGCUAGCCGAGACCUUCAAAGACGAUGAACAAAGAGACAAGUUUGAGCGAUGGAGGAGCAGCAAACACAUCAUAGUAUAUGACGCCAACUCGUCGCAGAUGAAGGACGCAACAACUUGCAUUAACACGCUCAAGAAGUUCACCAACGAAGGCUGGUCGGGCGGCACGUUUAUUAUCCGUGGUGGUUUCUCGGAAUUCGCUGAGAGGUUCCCUUCUUGGAUUACACACCAAAGCUCCGGAAGUCCAACAUCGGGUACAGCUGCUCUCAAUCUCAACUCCGACCUACCUGCUGUUGCGCCCGUCAUUGGUGGAUGUCCUAUGCCCGCAACCCAGAACGCUGCGAACCCCUUCUUUGGCAACAUUCGUCAGAACAUGGAUCUCAUUGGUGGUGUUGGCCAGAUGCCCGUGAAGCAGCCAUCCGGCAUGACGCAGUCGGUAGAAGACGACCUUCCCCAAUGGCUUCAGACUGCUUCCGAAGAGCAAGACAAGGGCAAGACCGUCGCGGAGCGAUUCUUGCAGAUCGAGAAACGCGAACAGAAGCGUAUGCAAAAGGCCUUGUCCGGUGAGGUCGUCUACAAUGCACCAUCGUCAUCAGGAGGUCCCGGGAAACACAUUCAGAUUGCAGGUAUCGAAAAGGGCUCGAAGAAUCGCUACAACAACAUCUGGCCAUACGAACACACACGCGUCAAGCUCGAAGGAGUCGCUGAGGGAAGCUGCGAUUAUGUCAAUGCCAACCACGUCCAAGCUGCCUAUUCCAACAAGCGUUACAUUGCAACGCAGGGACCUAUACCAGCUACUUUCAAGGACUUCUGGAACGUUGUGUGGCAGCAGGAUGUUCGCGUCAUCGUUAUGCUGACUGCCGAGCAAGAAGGUGGACAAGUCAAGGCUCAUAAUUACUGGUCGGAUAAGCGAUAUGGACCUCUACACCUCAACCCGCUUGGCGAACGCAGGGCAUCCUUGGAGCCAUCGAAGAUCUACCGUCACAGGGAACAAUCGAGGCCAACGAUGGGUCAGCGCCGGUCAACGAACCCACCGAAGCUCGCCAACUUCACCAAGGAAGCCACUACCGGCUCUCCCAGCCAAGACCAGCCCUAUGUCACCGUUCGCAAGUUCACUUUGUCAAACGAUGACGAACCUUUCGCACGUAUGCGUGAGAUCACACAGCUGCAGUAUUCCCAUUGGCCUGACUUUGGCGCACCGGCUCAUCCCACCCACCUGCUCGGUCUGAUUGAGCAGACAGACGCCGUCGUCCGCUCUGUCAACGGUGGCUCGCCUUCGCAGCCUGAUCCGCCUAACAGCCGUCCGAUCAUUGUCCACUGCUCUGCUGGAUGUGGCCGUACGGGUACUUUCUGCACAGUCGACUCGGUCCUGGAUAUGCUCAAGCGGCAACGACAAGCUCGCAACGCCAGGCAGAACACGCCAAUGGAUGCCGACUCCAACGAUAAGCUCGCGAAGAACGAGCGUGAAGACGACAGCUGGGUGAACAAUGAGGACAUCGAUCUCAUUGCAAAGACGGUGGAAGACUUUAGACUGCAGCGUCUGAGCAUGGUACAGAGUCUGCGACAGUUUGUGCUAUGCUACGAGAGCGUAAUGGAAUGGCUUGUGGAGCAACAUCCCAAGUCUGCGUAG